AAAGGCAAAUUCAAUCUCCUCUCAGCACGCAAGUCGCAAACCGGCGAACGCCGCGCUUUAUUGCCAUUUUUUUUCUCGUUAUUUGUAAAACCGGUGCCGCAAUUUCUUCCACUGGCACGGAAGUUACCAGAUAAAUGAGAUAUUAUCCCACAACACGACGCGCUUUACCCACUAUAGCCGGUCAAAUCUCCUCCCUCCAUCGACGAAGUAACCGGUAUCGCUGGUUACCCCUUUUCCUCACCCGAGAAUUCCCGUACCCAAUAUAAAAGUAUAAAGCUUGUUCCUCUGUAUUUCUCCAGGCAGUCUCAUCUAAAGCAUCAGCGUCUUGGUCUCCGUUACUGUGCUCUCCUCGUAGAUAUUUUUCGUUUGCGAAUCUGAAGAUAUAAUACUUGGAGGAUGGCAGCUAAUGAGGAAGGAGAGGAGAAUACCUCUCGUGGAAAUGAGUGGGAAGUUGUAUCACUUACAGCAUCAACAUAUGCUGCUGCUUCUGGUCCAGAAGUUGAACUGAAGUAUGAAAACAAGGAUAAUGCACAUGAAGAGGAUGAAGCAGAAACUUCUCGUGCUUUGUUCAUGUCUGGUCAUUUUGUCUUUCCACCGAGCCAGCAUGAGAAUUUGCCAUUGGAUCCUGAUAAUAGUGAGAUUCUCAAUGAACAAGCGGGGGAGAAUUUUGCCUCUGAACAGGGUGCGGAAGAAGGGGAUGAAUCUGGCAGAAAGGAUGAAGAAUACUUUAAACUUGAGGAGUUGAAUGUAUCUGAAGAGUUUCCUGGGAUACAGUUUUUUGAUGACAAGGAACAGAGUAUAUACAGUACAUCUACUUUCAGUUCUUUGCACAGUGAAACUGGACUCGGUGGAUCAGCUGCAUAUGGAGAGAACCUGGUUAUUCCUGAAGUAAAUGAACAGGCUAAAGAGGAGUUGGAUUUCUCAACAGACAUUUGUCACUCCCCAAAGCCUGCUAUAGAUGGUAAAGAUGAUGGGUCUGACCUUCCAUGUGAGGCUUGGUGGAAGAGAAGGGCAGCUUCCUUGUACACUCAUGCAAAAGAGACAAAUGCAUUUUGGUCCAUUUUUGUUGCAGCAGCAGUUAUGGGCCUUGUAAUUCUUGGACAGCGCUGGCAACAGGAGAGGUGGCGGGUUUUGCAACUCAAGUGGCAGGCUAGCAUUAAUGAGAAAAGUGGCAGGAUGCUGGGACCUCUAUCACGUCUUAAGGAUGUGAUUGUGGGUGGCCAUCGCCGUGGAUCCCUUAUCAGGGGAAGUUCCUCAAAUGAAAAUUAAGAUGAUGAUGAAAAUGUUAAAAGAGAUUGUUUCAGGGUGGUUAUUAUUGUAUUUUGCUGUGUGGUUGACCUAUUUUUCUAAUGACAAAGCUCAGUAAGUUUUACUUGUGUAAUUAAGGUGGCAUAUUGGUUCGUGGAGGGAAGUAUGGCAAUUUAAUUUCUUUGGAGAAUGGUGGGUACAUAACUGAGCAUCUAAAUAUCCAUAAUUAUUAUUUUAUUUCGGUAGUCA